GAUGUACUUGUCAAAAUAACAGAAAAUUAAAGAAAAAUCACAAAAAUCAUAAAUAUUAGCAUAUAUGGUUUUAGAAGAUUACAAUCCCCAUGUUCAUAGAGAAGAAUACAUCGCUCAUCCGACGAAUAAUGCAGAAACAUUUUUUCAUCUUAUAAAAGGUGUUUUGGGCACAGGAGUAUUAGCUAUGCCGGAAGCUUUCAAAUAUGCAGGAAUGUAUAAUGGUAUAAUAUUCUUAUUGACUUUAGCAGUAUUUGUAACAUACUGUUUACAUAUUUUAGUUAGGACUCAAUAUAUACUCUGUAAAAAGAAACAAACAGGACUUUUGUAUUAUGCCGAUUCCAUGAUUGUUGCAUGUGAGGUAGGACCAGGGUGUUUCAAGAAUCUAGGAUCUAUUCUCUCGUUUAUGACGGACUUCUUUAUGAUCUUUUACCAAAUAGGUACCUGUUGCGUCUACUGGGUCUUCGUCGGGGACAAUCUGAAAUACGUCGUAGACAAUUAUUAUAAAAACAACUUUUCCAAACAAAUCUACAUGCUAUUUUUAUUUGUGCCCCAUUGUCUAGGCAUGUGCAUCCGGAAUUUAAAACUCUUGGCACCAUUUUCCUUAGUGGCCGACGUCAUUACGUUUGUAACCUUUGCUGUUGUGUACUACUACAUUUUUUCAGACCUACAGUCCAACUUUACAGAUAGGCCUGCAUGGGGAUCCGCCAUUGAUUUUCCAUUAUUUUUUGGUACGGUACUGUUUUCCUUGCAGAGUGUGCCCGUUGUGAUAUCUGUCGAAAAUAACAUGAAGACGCCAGCAUUUUUCAGGAAAUGGUACGGGCAGCUGAAUGUUGGGUUCGGGCUGCUGACGAUAUUUUAUUUUUUUGUCGGUGUUUUUGGUUAUUGGAGAUAUGGUGAAGAUAUUAAGUCUGCAAUUACAAUGAAUUUUCCAAAAGAAGAAAUUUUAGCACAAGUAAUCAUAAUAUCUUACUGCAUCGCCAUUUUCCUUUCCUAUUUGCUCAACGCGUAUGUUCCCAUACAUAUUUUGGAAGAACGUUACAUUUAUCCUAAGCUAAACGAAGAUGCCACUGAACGAAAAAAAUUUUGGAUCGAUAUGGCUCUAAGAUUUUUAUAUGUCUGUGUAACAUGCUUGAUAUCUACAACAAUACCCCUUUUAGGAUUAAUAAUUUCCUUGUGUGGGGUAUUUUGUACGACCCACUUAGGAAUCAUCUUUCCCCCCCUUAUGGAAAUAUGUGCCCUAUGGGAGGAUGAACGUUCAAAACCGAAAACUCUGCUAUUUUGGAAAAGUGUGGCUAUUAUUAUAUUUGGGAUAUUUUCUAUGGUUAUCGGAGUGUACGCUACUAUAAAGGCAAUGGUAGAGCAGUUGGAAGUGGAAUAUAUGCAAAUUACUGUUAGCGCAGCUACCUCUUUAGCUACAACUAUUAGUUCUAAUGGAACUACCACUAUAUAAUAAUAUAUGUAUAUAAAUACUUACUGUUAUAUGUGAAAUUUAAUAUUUUUUAUGUAAUAGUGUAAUAUGAUCGUAAGGAGUUCAUAAUUUAAUAAUGUGGUAUAUAUUUUACUUAUAUUUAUAUUUUAUUGUCUUAAUCCUUUUCAA